AUGACAUUAUCAUUAUUAGAUGAAAUUAAAAUUGAAAUUCGUUCUUUACUUAUAUCAUCAAAAGAUGGUCUUACUGAAGAUGAAUUAUGUCAUGAUUAUUCUUUAUUUAAUUCUCAACGUUUAUUACCUUAUGAAAUUUUUGGUUAUUCAACAAUAACAAAUUUUCUUAAUUCAUUAACUGAUAUUUUAUAUCGUUCAUCAGAUGGAUAUAUUUAUCCUAUUGUUGAUCAUACAACUGAACAUAUAUUUAAAUUUGUUCAACAACAACGUACAAAGAAAAAAAAGAUUAAUACUAAACAAACAUCAUUUAUAUAUAAUCAACAAGAAAAUUUUUCAAUCUAUCGUCAUAAACAAAAAAGAACUGUUUCAUUUGAACAAAAACAUCGUACUAUUGAUGCUAUCAAACCCUUUUCACCAAAAUUCGAACGAGUUAAUGUUACAAAUGAACUAUUACAAUGUCUUCUUAUGCAUUUUCGACAACAACAAUGA